AGCUGUCAGCCACCAAUCAUGAUAGCUACGUCAAUUCUCUUGAGCUAAAGCUGUGACGAAAACGCUCGUCGACUAGCUCUGAGAAUACACCAUUUUACGACAACGCGAAAAGGUGGAUGGCGUGAGGGUUCACUACGAGAUACACGUUUCUGAGAAUGGCGCCCGCUUACAGCACUUGUUUGCAACGGAAAAUGCAUGGAUGCGGCUUGAAUUCGGUCGUGCUGGCGCUUUUAAAAAUCGUUGUACUUUUACAUCAAGUUUCCUGCGAGGAUUUUACUAUCGAUACCAAUGAAUGUUUUAUCCAAAACUCUUCUAAUUCAAUAUUGCUACGUGGAGACCUAGUGCGCAAGUCAUUCACAGGUCCCAAUGGAGACGUCUGGAACUAUACAGUUGCCGUCUUUACCAUACGAGACGAACAUAAGACUAUAUUCAAUAGCGGGAAUCAUGUUUCCAUAAAAGGUAAUCAUUCUCUAUCACUGAAUGCUACUGGAAAUUUCAYGAUAGCUUCAAUGUUAGAUGUCCGAGGAAGGUCCGUGGAAUCCGUUCCAUAUUCUCAAUCUUGGAUUGGUGGCUUCAUCAGGACAAGCAAUUCRUGCUGUGUACUGGGUGCUGGCCCAGGAGGAGCAUUUAGUUUCCAUGGCGGUGGGCAUGGUGGGAAAGGUGGUGGAUUCUAUCAAGACCGUAAUWCAUCACGAUUAUACAGCUGGUGGUAUUCUAACUUCGCCUACGUAAUGGGAGGAAGUACAGGCACUAUGAUGUUUUCUGAAAGCAAACCUGGUUCAGGUGGUGGAGCCAUAGAAGUAACGGCGCAUGGAGGCACGCUGACUGUUGGCGCGUUAAUCACCGCAGAUGGCUACUCGUCUCUUAACACGACUAACGAUGAUCACUGUGCGGGAGGCAGUGCAGGAGGCUUAAUUCGUCUUCAAGGAAAAAAUGUUGUACUUACAAGCAAUGCCAAGCUAAAUGCUAAAGGAGGAARUAGCGGAUUCAGUCACAAAAUCGCAAAUAGUCGUUGUGGUGACGGAGGGGGAGGGGGUGUCAUACAAGUAUUGUCACAGCAUGACAUCACAGACUAUCGUACAUAUAUUAAAAAAGUGGAUGUUCGUGGAGGACAAGGACUGGCAAAAGGAGAAGAAGGGGAAGGUGAUCUCGACAUUAACACAACAUCUUGUACAAUGAAAUGGUUUGGUAUUCUACUGCAUGGAGGUUCACUUUCAGAUCAUACAUUCAAGACACCUGAUGGUCAMAUGACAGUGCAGUACCGAGUUUGUACAUUUGAAUUUAUAUCGUCUGUUUACAUUCAGAGUAAAGCAACUCUCAAUAUCAAAGGAAAGUAUUCGCUUAAGAUCGAGAGCAAGAAUGGAGGUGUUAACAUUAUGACAAGCAUUAUUUUGAACAAGGACCAACUAGGAGCAUUUCGUUUGACGUCUCUUGAUGGGAAGAGUAUAGGUCCAGGGAAUGUGACAAACUGUAGUGCAACAGGCCUUUAUGGGAAUGAUUUUACAUCAUUGAUUGGAGGGAGUGUGUGUAAUAUUGAAAAAGGUGUAGAUUCAGUCAGUGCUACAGGAGGUGGAUCAAUUGAAAUAAGAGCUGACAAUGGAGAUGUUGUUAUUGGCGACAAGAUUAUUGCYGAUGGUAUAUCUAAUAAUGCAAAAGCAGGAGCAAUGGGAGGUACCAUUCGCUUGGUUGGAAAGCAGGUACAUUUGAAGAGCAAUGCAUAUCUGUCAGCCAAAGCAUCUUCUAGCAGUGAAAGUCUUGCUUGUGGUGGAAUCAUCCAGRUCAAAAGUACUCAUGAUAUUCAAGGCUUAUGUGAAACAAAGUUUAAUGUCUCAGGAGGCUGCAAUGGUGUGGCCCAUGUCUUAGUUUCAGCAAAACAUUCCUUCCAAGUGCAAUACAUCCUUAAUGGGRUUCUAACAAUUAAUACAGCACAAUGCAGAUGGUCACAUCAACAAAACUCAAAUUACAUGGUCUACACCCAGGAAGGAAUGAUUACCAACAAUGGAGUUUGCUUAUUUAACUUUCAAAUACCAAUCAUCAUUAAUGGAUCUGCUAUUGUUGAGCUGUCGGGCAAGAAUGCUUUAAAAAUAUAUAGUACACAGGGAGUCUAUAUUGGUUCCUCUUUUAGAAUCAAUUAUAGUAGUAUUAGCGCAUCAACUAUGCUGUUCCUGGGAGGUUAUUGCGUAGUACAAAUGACCGAAGGUAAAGGACCUGGCAGAGGCUUUCCUGGAAUUGCUGCAGGGGGUGGUCAUGGUGGCAGAGGAGGAAACUUCAGAGAAGAAAAUAAAUUUAUAUUUGGCGGGGUGUAUGGUGUCCAGCCAUUUGACUUUACUGGAGGAAGUACAGGAACCUCAUUUCAUAACAGUCAAAUGACAGCAUGUGGAGGAGGAGCCAUUUGCAUCGAAUCACGGAAAAACCUCACUAUUGAUGCGCACAUUAAAGUUAAUGGGUACACAAGAAAGUCAUCCUCUGGUUAUGGCGGUGGAAGUAGUGGUGGAACAAUUGUUCUGGGUGGUAAAUAUGUAAUCCUUGGAAACAAUGCAGUACUCGAAGCUAAAGGAAGURAUGGUAUGAAUUUCAACUCCAGUGGGGGUGGAGGAGGGGUUAUUGCCAUUAAUACAUCAGCAGCACUAGUGGGAMAGGAGCCCAAUGUCUCCAUAGCAACAGCAGGUGGCAGUGGAUUCAUGGCUGGUGAAAUUGGUGUCUUUAUCUUAAAUGGUCAGGUACAACGCCAACAGUAUAAUCCAGGGGUGGAAAUUGGAGAGAGCUAUUGGGGCUGCUACAAAGUCACUCAAAAAAAAUUUACACACUCAGAACAAAUGCUAGAACAUAAAGCAAUUCCCAGUCGAUGCCUUGAAAUCUGCAGAGAGAAAGCCAAGAUUGCUUUAAUUAAAGCCAAAUUGUGUGCAUGUAUGAAUGAUGAGACUUCGUUUGAGAAUGUGGAACCAAUCAUGUGUAGUCUGCCCUGCCGUGGAACAUAUAAAUAUCAGUGUGGAGGCAGUAGUUUAAACAUCUAUAGUGCUUACAAGACAGGCCUUACAUUUUCAACAACUCCACAUCCAAGUGAACAACCAACAACUCGCCCUUUUAGUGAACCAUCACAAGAGUUUAAAGAACUGAAAAAUGUCAACAUMAGUGGAAACAACUCCAAAGAAGUGCUGGAGAAGCUUUCAAMCCUGACAAAAGAAUCUGACCUGAAUGGAGGUGACAUUCAAGCAGCUGCUAAUAUCUUUACUAASCUAGCAAUAACUGAUUUACUGGAACCUAAGAAUAUCAACGAGACAGAAGAAUAUGGAAAGUUUGUUGCAGACACAGUUGGCCAUCUUUUGGGAACCAAAAACACAUAUAAUUGGGCAMAAAUAGCUGCAUCAAAUAAUACCAAGAAUGAGAAGUUUUUCUCACCUAAUGAAUUGCUCAAUGCAACUGAAAUAAUUGGAAUCAACCUAGGAAAAAGAUUGCAACCAAAUGAGCAAGUUACUGUUGAGUCCAGUAAUUUAGUCAUGGAAAUAGUACGACAAGAUCUUUCAGACUUCAAAGCAGUGACUUUUCCAAAGUAUGUCAAAUUGAGCAAAAAUUGGCAAUUUCAAGAUAGCAUUUCUAUAUCRGAGGAACCUUUCAAUCAGCUCAAGGAACAAGGAAUUCAGCAAACAACCUUUGUUGGUCUAUUCUACAAUAACAUUUGUAAAACCCUGAAAAGAAACUUGGCCAGUGACAAAAUGAUCAAUUCCAAAAUCUUAGCAGUAGGUUUUGAACAUAGAUUCACUGAACGGUUUAAAAACCCUGUUAAACUUARAUUUUCUAAAGAAGAGAACUGGAAGAAUCUCACCAACCCACAAUGUUCCUUUUUGGAUUUCAGUGAAACUCAAUAUGGAGAAUGGUCAGAUGAAGGCUUUGUAAUGACAUCUUCAGAAGACGAYUCUAUUGUGACAUGCGAAUGUAACCACCUCACUAACUUUGCUGUACUUAUGCAAGUCAAAGAAUUUACACCAUCUCGUUCRCAUCAAAAAGCCCUUCAGAUGAUUACAUACAUUGGGUGUGGCAUAUCCUUAUUUGGACUUGCACUUACUCUGGCUACCUUCCUAUCACUUGAAACACUUGCUUCAGAACGUACCUCAAUCCACAAGAACCUUGUUGUCGCUAUUGGACUUGCGCAGAUCAUCUUCCUAGCCGGCAUAGAUGCAGUCUAUAACCCUAUUGCUUGCAAGAUCGUGGCGUUAUCGCUACACUACCUAUACAUGGCAGCUUUUACGUGGAUGUGCUGCGAGGGAAUUCAUCUCUACACCAAAGUCAUUGAGGUGUUUUCCUCAGAGACGAGCAAGAUGAAGUAUUACUAUAUGCUUGGAUGGGGAGUUCCUCUCAUUAUUGUCAUCAUUUCCGCUGCUUCAAGAAUGAGYGGAUACGGAACGGAAACAGCAUGCUGGAUAUCUAUCAAGCAUGGCCUUAUAUGGGCAUUUGUUGGUCCUGUUCUCAUCAUAAUGUCUAUCAAUUUCGUUGUCAUGGUGAUGGUGAUCAAAGUCAUCAUUGCAUCGGUGUCUGCAAUUCAGACUCCCGGAAACACAUCACAAGUGAAGGCUGGUCUAAAAGGAAUGGUGGUACUUCUACCGUUACUCGGUUUAACCUGGGUGUUUGGUCUUAUGGCUGUCAACGAGAAAACUGUUGUCUUUCAGUACAUCUUCGCCAUAUUUAACUCACUUCAGGGACUUUUUAUAUUUGCUUUCCACUGCAUUGGAAAUUCUGAGGUUCGUGUUGCGUACAAGCGACUUCAUGAGAAACGUACCCUGGCCAARAUGCCUGAACACUCCCUGUCAUCGGGAAAUCAUCACMGGGAAUUUAAGAGACGGAUGAAUUCCAGAGAAACCAACUCAACAGGAGACGAAGAUAUCAUUGUAACGAAAGCUAUUCGAAGUGUCUCAGAUGUAAAGCUUUCCGGCGCUCACGACCACGUGGCUAUGCAAACGUUCGGAGAUGCUGACUCAGGACGUUGGUCACUAAACUGUCCCUCACCCGACCCCCCGUCCGUCAGUUAUCAGCCAGCCGUCAAGAGCCCAAAGCGAGACCCCCGGUCACCACCAGUUAUCAGUAACGAAUCACUUCAGCAGCCGAAAACACCACGAGAAAGCUAUAGAAGCAACAGAAACGACCUGUCUGACGGAAGAAACCGCUUUGUGAAAGGCGAUCAGGGACAGCAAUUCAACGGCUACCAAAGAUUCUGAUCAGACCGCUGUACAACCGUACCGACGUCGCUAGGAUAGAAUAAAGGGUUUCAUAUUAGAUAGGGAAAUGAAGCUAUCAACAUGUUUAGCUAUCUAAGACUUUCCAGUUUUAUACUGUAACUAUUCGAUAUUUACAAAUGACACCAAGAGCAUCAUGCCUUGAGCCGGUUCCCAUCAUAAUGCAAAGUGGUCAGUCAUUUUAUAGUUUUGUUCUUAUCAAAAGUUUGAAUAUAUUAGAUCUUUCGAGUUUCUUUUCUUUCUACAAUCCGCGCUUUAUAAUCCAAGUGACAAUUAACCCGUGAAGGGAAAGAAUCAGACAUAGCAAACCGUGUAUGAAUCAAGGGUUUUUGGCAGACUUGAUGGAGCAACGCUCAUUACCARUGCGUUAAAUGUUUGCUUUGUUGAAAAUUUCCUUGAGGGGGAUUUUAUUAUAAAAUGGUCUUUCACGGGUUAAGUAUCAUCACUUUUGCAGCACCUUAUAAGGUAUAGUUUUGUAUCGUUGGAUGAUUUAAGAACCAUUGCAACUUGAGGGAGACAGACUAAGUCAUCAUCACAUAGGCUUUAUGUGAACAGGAUAUUAUGGUCUGCUGAUGAGCUACAUGAAGAACAACACUGCGAUUGUUGUGUUUAACGAUGUUUACCCUAGUGAUGAUGACACGUAUUGUCGGAAGCUGUUUGGUAGUUAUAUAUAUUUGCUAUGGUUUGUGAUGAUGUAGUUAGCAUUAUUAUUUAAUAAAUCAGUGUUGUUCUGAAGAAAA